GGACUCCUCCCCUCCCCCGCCCUCCUCCCUCUUCCCGGCUCUGGCUCAUCCGCCUGCUCGGGCCUCGGUCCCCCUCCCAGAGCCCCCUCCCCGCAGUGCGGCCCACCGGAGGGCCCUCUCCCGCCCUCAGCCCAACCACCCGCCGGAACAGCAGCUCGGGGGCAGCCCCCCGCCAGUCCGCCUCCCCCCGUCUCAGCCCUGCCCGAGCCCUCCUCCCGGCCAUGAACCUCUUCCGAUUCCUGGGAGACCUCUCCCACCUCCUAGCCAUCAUCUUGCUGCUGCUCAAAAUCUGGAAGUCCCGCUCGUGUGCCGGGAUUUCAGGGAAGAGCCAGGUCCUGUUUGCUGUGGUGUUCACUGCCCGCUACCUGGACCUGUUCACCAACUACAUCUCACUCUACAACACAUGCAUGAAGGUGGUCUACAUAGCUUGUUCCUUCACCACUGUCUGGAUGAUUUAUAGCAAGUUCAAAGCCACGUAUGAUGGGAACCAUGACACGUUCCGAGUGGAGUUCCUUGUUUUUCCCACGGCUGUCCUCGCCUUUCUGGUCAACCAUGACUUCACUCCUCUAGAGAUCCUCUGGACUUUCUCCAUCUACCUUGAGUCCGUGGCCAUCUUGCCGCAGCUGUUCAUGGUGAGCAAGACUGGCGAGGCGGAGACUAUCACCAGCCACUACCUGUUCGCACUGGGCGUCUACCGCACACUCUAUCUCUUUAACUGGAUCUGGCGCUACCACUUCGAGGGCUUCUUCGACCUCAUCGCCAUCGUGGCUGGCCUGGUCCAGACGGUCCUCUAUUGCGACUUCUUCUACCUCUACAUCACCAAAGUCCUCAAGGGGAAGAAGCUGAGCUUGCCCGCAUAGCCCUGGUCCCCGCCAGCCCAGCCCUCUCCUGGGUGGUGAUGCACCAGCAGUGGAGAAGAGGGAGGGAGCGAGACAGCGCCUUCCCAUCAAGAAGUGACUUUACAGAACCCGCCUCUCCCCACUCCCCAUCCUCACUCCUGCUGGGUUUGGGGGGCGGUGGAGGACCCAAGUCGGGGGGAACUCAGGACCUGGGCUGUUUGUACUUUUCUGCCUUUUAGAGAAGACAAAAAAAAUUUUUUCCACUAGUUUUUGAUUUUGAUGAGUCCUUUCCCUUCUACUCUCUGGCCCCAAUUUUUAUAAACUGUUUUUGAGUGUCCUGUGAGCAGGGCCGGGGCCAGAGACCUUCUCCCUCCCCGGGCCCCUGUGCCCUUCCAGCCCCCAGCCCCCCUUAGCAGUUGCCAAACCCUAAUCUGCCAACCCGCCUGACCCCGCCCCUCCGCGGUGGUCCUUGGGUGGGGGGCGGCAGGCGGGGAGGGAGGGAGGCCCAGGAAGGUCUCCCCAGAGUUUUCAUAAUAACUUUUUCCAGAAUUUGGGUUUUUGGUCUUGUCUUGGUCUUUGACAAAUUAGGGGGUUUCUGGCUCAGACUCGGGAAGGGGCCGGCCCGUGGGUUCCCACAGCUCUAGCGCCACGUUUUUGUACAGAAUUUGAUGGUUGAUUCUUUGUUCUCUUGAAAUAAACAGAGGAAAAUGAUACCCUC